AUGGAGAAGAUCUGCUCAGAAUGCUCAGACUCAACACUUGCACGGACCCUGUGUACACUCUGCAACAAGUGGUUGUGUUACCAGUGCACAGAUGUGCAUCAGCAUCCGAGAGCCCCUGCCACGUCCCAGUGCGCAGACCUGCACCAGCAGCAGAGGCCCGGUGCCCCCCAGUGUCCUGAGCAGCACCAGAGAGGCUCCAGCUCCGUGCCACCAACCGGACAAGGCCCGGGGUCGUACCCUUGCUCCCUCCUAAUGUGCCACUCUCACAGACAGGAGCCCUUGGAGCUGUUUUGCGAGUCAUGUGACCUUCUGUGCUGCAGCAGCUGUCACCUGUCCGCCCACAAAAAACACAGGGUGGUGCAGAUCGAGAAGGCCCUGCAGGAUCAGCAGUGGCUGUUUGAGAGCCUGAUGGUGCAGGUGGAAGAGCGGAGGUCUGCGGUGGAGAACAAUGCUAAAGAGAUAGAGGGCAGCCUUCAUGGGGUAAAGAUUGCACACAGGAAGGCCGAGAACCAGAUUAAAAUGGCCAAGAUGAUUAUGAUGAACGAGCUUAACAAACGAGCCAACCUAUUAAUAGAGCAACUGGAGAAAAUCUCAGAGGACUUUCAGCAGCGUCUGGACGACCAGCUGCAGGGGGCGAUAGAGAUGUGUGGCCAGCUCGACCACGUUCAGAAGUUCAUCACCUGGGCUACGACCCACCACUGCAGAGGCCCGGUGCUCUUCAGCAGGGCUCUGAUUUCACUCCAGAUGCAGCAGCUGUUGGAGCCAUCACUGCUCUCAGAGUCCUGGAGUCCCGUCAAAAUCAAAUUCAACUGGGAUGCAAGUUACUGGAUGAGGCACAUUUCCUCUUUAGGCCAGCUGACUGUUGAAGGGGGAAACUGCAUCUAUCCUCAGAGUUUGUCCUGCUCCAGUAUUUUGAGGCCUCAGCCGAUCCCCUGCUUGGCUCUGCCGCCUGUGUUUCCCAGACGAGAGCCAGGCUGUGGCUGCCAGUCCUGCUGUGAGCCCCAGAUGUGCUGCCUGCACGGCCACCCCUCUCAGCCAGAUCCUUCCAACCCGGACAAAAGUCAGGUGGAGGCCUCACUUUAUACCAGCCGCGUUCAGCCUGCUCUCAUCUCUGUCCCCCUGCGCCAGAGCCAGCAGCUCCAGAGGUGCUGGGACACAGAGAGCUCCUCACACCGGCCUCCCCCGAAAUCACCGGUCCCAUUCGUGACACCCGUCCAGCUCACCUGCGGCCGAGGAGCCACAUCCCUGCCGCAAGCCACCGACUCCCAACCCCACUCUCAGUCCAAAUCGUAUCUGUCUUAUCACUCGCACCAGAGAGAAGUUCUUCCAGGCAGCCAGGCUCUGCUGAGCGCAGACUGCAGCAGGUCCGGUCAGUGUCAGGGGAAGAUGUCGAUGAGCACGGCAGCGGUGGACAGAGAUGUGAUGACCGAGGAGAGCUGGGAGGAGAGAUGCAGAGUGGAGGAGACUUGUGGCCACGCAGCAGCAGGGGAAGGCAGAGAGUUGCUGGACGAGGAGCUGGAACAGGACAGGGAUGAGCAGAGUCCUGCCCCCCCGCAGCAGCAGCAGCAACAAUGUGUUCCUCCUACAGCAGAGCUGAGAAAAGAGCAGCAGAGGACCAGACCUUCACUGACACUCGGGGACCACAGGGAUGGCAGGAGAUCCACGUCCCUGGAGGUGCCGGCGACAGCCCACGACGGUGUGUCUGAUGUGCCGAGCAGCCGGCUCAGCCCCAGUUCAGCGUGCGGGAGGAGAACGCGGCGCUCCCAGAGCAUCCCGGCAGAACUGGCCCCCCCGUCCACCAGCCCUCACACCGAGAGGCCCACAGGAUGCAGCCACAUCCCAGAGGCAGGAAAGAAGUAUGCGGAUCCCAGACAGAGGAGAGCAUCAGACGGCGUGCUCUGUGUUGUCAAGGAAACUUCGUCUGACAUGGCCUCGCCCAGAAGCCACCGUUAUCCUCCACUGUCCUAUAAGACAGAGCCAGAUCAUUGUUUUACGUAUGUAGAUGAAGAGAUUGAUUGUGAGGCCAAGGAGAAGUGCAGGUUGUCGAGAAACGGCCACAACAGUAACGGGGAUGUUCACAAGGAGUCAGCGAGGCCCAGGGUUCCAGUGGUUUGCCUAGAGCGUCUGAAAAUACUGGUCUCUCGUCUCCCUCCACACGGACGACGGCAGAGUGACCCUCUACCUGCCGGCUCGAUGGAGAGGAGUGAAACGCUCCCACAGCCCAAAUUCUGGCAAGAUGCAAAGACUCAAAGGGUAUCUGGAGGCUCUGAGACCAGGAGGACCUCCCACUCGCUCACAGCGCCACUGUACGCUGCAGAGCGGCAAACUCGCAAUCAGUCCACCGCACAGUCAACCAACAGCGAGUUUGAGAGCCGAGGGAGAUUCAGCUCUCGUAAGGCCUCCACACCUCCCUCCACAGACCCCAAAUAUGUUUCACACAGUUACUCCCCACUGGAUCUGGACUCCGACUCUUAUCUUAAAUCGUUGUCGGAGGACGCAGCCGUUUCACCCGCUGAUCCCGACCCGCAGGUAGACUCAGAUACAUCACCGCCUGAUUCUGACCCAAACGCAGAGUCUUCAUCGGAGGCUGAGCUUGGAGAUCUGGCUGAGGAGAAAUCAGAGGCUGCAGGCGAGGACGGGCCCUGCAGUAAAACCGAUAUCGCAGGGGGUUCAGAGCCAAGUCUGGAAUAUGACGAGGACCCGGAAUCAGAGGGAGAGGUGGGAUCAGAGGACGGACAGGGGCUGGACGCUGACGCAGAAACAGAGUCUGACGUUCAGCCUGAGUAUGUUCCCCGUUUCCAGGCUGAGACCGACUCUAACGUAGCAUCCGAUCAGCCUCCAGACUCUCAGGAGUCAGAGCUUGAUGUUGAAUCGGAGGCUGAAUUUACAACUGACGAGCCGCAGCCGCUUCGCUCUGAUCUGGAGGAGGAGUCCCCCCCCAUCGGAACUUGUCAUAGGUCACUUCUGAUCGCAAACCCUCUUCCUCUGAGGGGGACGGACGACAUCCAGUCCGAGCAGGACGAAGCAGAGAUGGAGAGUGAGGACUUCUGUGCCGUGUGUCUGAUCGGAGGCGACCUGCUGUGCUGUGACCGCUGUCCCAAAGUCUUUCAUCUGUCCUGUCAUGUCCCAUCUCUGCUGACCUUCCCCACGGGCGACUGGGUGUGCAGCCUGUGCAGAGAUGUUGUGCAGCCAGAGGUUGAAUACGACUGUGAGAAUGAGAGAACGUCUGGAGAACACACGGUGGCACACGGACUGUCUGCAAGUGACCAGAGAAAGAGUGAGCGGCUGACUCUUCUGAUCCUCGGUAACGUCCUGAGCUCUCCCUUCCACGAGCCCGUCAGUCCACUCGCUCGUCAUUAUUACCAGAUCAUCAAGAGGCCAAUGGACCUGUCGGUGAUCAGAGCGAGACUCCAGAAGAGAAACGCUCGGCAUUACAACUCAGCAGAUCAGUUUGUCGCCGAUUUCUAUCUCAUGUUCCGCAACUGUGCAAAGUUCAACUACCCCGACUCGGAGGUGGCCCAGGCAGGCCGCAGCCUUGUGGCGUAUUUCACCUCCAAGCUGAAGGAAGUUUUCCCGGACCGAGUUUUCCCGGCGACGGAGGCGGACUCUGACAGCGACGAGUACGACGAGGCGUACAGAACCGCCGAGGGUGGUUUCCCCUGGCCCGACAAGAGGGAGCAGAGCCACAGGAAGAGGAAGAGGAGACACUCGCUCAAGUCGAGGAGACAAAACUUCUAACAAGAGGUGAAUGGAGGGCAGCUACAAACACAAUUAUGCUAGUAGAGUUUCAUUCAACUGUUUUUUUUUAAAUUGAGCAGUGUUUCCAUUCUGUAAUCUGAAAGAACCUGUUUUGGGGGGUUUUGCAGUAAUAUCCCAGUGCUGCCAUCUGAUGGCUGCUGGGACUUGGCGGAGUUAUAUGCGUUCUUCUGAGUACCAGUCGACUUUUUACUAUAUCAUAUCAUAUUUAGGCCAUUGAUGAUUUCCUCUGAUGCACUGGACAUUUCUUACUGUGUUUACAAUCAGUUAAUGUUGCUAUAUAUGCCGUGUACAUGACACAGAUGAUGCUGUGGUUGGAUGUUCAUGAAUCUCACUUUGCUUCUUUACUGAGUGGAACUUCUUCGAGCACUUUGAAACUUUGAUAUUAGUCAGUUCUGUAUUUAUUCGUAAAUGUUCGACAUAUUUAUACAUGUGUAACUGUACAGAACUUUAUUUUACUAUCAUAGGUUUGAUAUAGAUGAUAUAUGAUCGUUGAUAUAAUUGUGUGUCUUAGUAGCUUUUAUUUUGAAAAGCAGCAGUGAAUCCUGAGCGAGUGUAACUGGUGAUGGAGCUCAAACAGGGCUUUUGUAUUAUCAUGUUUGUCGAGGGAUUUACUGAAAUAUCUAGAUUAUAUUAUCCCAGAAAAUCUUUUGUUUUGCUUUUUAACCAUAGAUUAAAUUUGUGUAUUCGUUACGUAACUUCUCUAAUAUCUAAAUAUCUCAGGCUGAA